GAUGACACAUGCUGCCGCCGCCGCCGCCGGCUCUCCCGAGUUCACUGAACUGUGGAGCAGCGUUUCUAAGCUCUGUCACAGCAAAACACUAGACAAGAACACAGGACGGCAGAUGCCUGGCGCAGCAACUCCACCCAUGGGUAAAGACUUGCAGAGUCCAAAGCACAGAGGCUUCAGCAGGUACUCUGGCCUGAAUAAUGGGGAUUCGCCAGGUGACGUGGAAGCAUCACAGGACAUUUACUGGGAUUCCACAUCCCCCACCCAAGCUAAAGCAGGCUCGGGGCUCAGGAACACCAGAGUUGUGGAAAUAUCAGAUAUUGUCAAUCGUAUUGCUCCAAAGGAUGUAAAACCAAAAGGGACUGAAUCCCCUCUGCUGCAGUGGAUCGGUGACAGUGCCGUCCCUUGCACACCGGAGGUUAGAGAGCCAAGGGUCAGGAAGAGGUCCUGUCGGCAGAACAGUGUAGAGGACCUCAUGAAACUGGCCAGGCAGUUUGAUGAGAACAUGCAGCAAGACAAGGAGAGUUCAGAGCAACUGAAGAUACAACUGACAGAGACGUCACUCCAUAGCAGUGUGAAGGACCUGAAGUGUCCAUCGUCAUCGGAUCAGGUGGAGGCAGAGCUGCACGCUCUGUUUGACUGCUCCACUCAGAGAGUCAGUGGCCCAAUAAGCCAGGGCCUCUCAGCAUCAGCCUGUUCACAGGAAACUAAAGGCCAACCUGUGACUUCAACUUUAGCUGAACCCCGACAAUCAGAGCUCAAGUUAGCUGGCUCCCCUGCACAUUCUGCUGAAGAAAAAGGAUCGUGUGGUUUUAGCCCGAACAACUGUGAUGACUUUGAUGAUGACUGGGAGAAUGAUGACCUGCUUAAUGACCCUUUUGUGCUGGCAAUGACCCAGAAUCCUGACCAAGAACAGGACAUCCACCCUAAAGCCACCUUGCAGUCUAACACUAAGACAAACACUACUCAUCCGACCUCUGUUUGCAAGCCUGCUGCAAACACAAACUCUGCACAUCAGCCUUCAAACUUGCACACCAGGCCAAGCUGCAGUUUUCUCCGGGAACUGUGUCCCAAACCAAAGACUACCAACCGAUGCACUUUCAAGUUAGUGUCCAACUCUCCCUUCCAGCUCAAGACAGCUGAGGUUUCCAAGCCCAGCUUCACUGUUAUACAACCUAAAUUACAGAUGUCUGACCAGAAGCCUGUUACCACAAAGGCACUGGCUGCUCCUCAACCUGACAAGAUCACUAAUGAUCAGAGGGGGGCUUGUGUAGCUGCAGACUCUGUUAAAGACAUUUCAGACAGCUUAUGGGACGACAGAGACGACGAUGCGCUGCUCUACCAGGUAUGUGACAGCGUGGAGAGGAUCUCCAACAGUCAGCCACAGCAAGCAAGCCCCAGGAGCGGCCAAGAAAAACAAGAUAUUGCUGUAGACAGACAGCAAAAAACCACUGCACUUCUGCCAAUCGACAGGGGCUGGACCAUAAACACCAGAGCCAGUACUAACAGACAGUCGCCGCGUGCUUUUGUUCGUUCUAACUCAUUACCAGGGGGGAUAUUCCAUCCCCGGGGCUACCGGGGAUGGAACAUUCCCAUGAAAGGUGCCAACAACAAAUCAGGAUUGUCUCAGAGCCUCCCAGGAAGCCGUGUGAGUCUGGGCACAUUUACCCAGUGUAGGGAUUCCUCUGGAACUUUCCAGGCUGGGAAUGCCAGUGUGAAUAUAAAGCCACAUACAGUGACAGCCAGGGCACCGCAGAACUCCAAGUCCGAUCACACAGCCUUCAAGAGAAAUGUAUCUGACUCAGCAGCUAUAAACAACAAAGUUUUUGUCACAAGCCAGAUGACAGGAAAGUGCUCUGCAGCCGAGAUCGAGAGGAAGAAACAGGAAGCCUUGGCCAGGAGGCGACUGCGAAUGCAGAACAUCCCAAAACCAUAGAGGAGGCCCAUCCUGCCUGAAGGGAUAUUAUCAUAUACUGUAAUUAAUAAAAAUCAUUAGUGUUGAUAGUUUAGUGUUAGAUCACCAGGUUUUGGAUGAUUUGCAGGGCACUUGCACAGAAAAGACUUGAAAAGACCCUGAUGCCUUUUGUCGAUGCAGAGCUGCUGGAUGUUUUUGCUGCUAAUGUAGAAACACAUUUUACAAGAAGCAAGUUGAUGCACGUUGUCAGACCUGGUGCUUGGAGAACAUUAGAAAGAGAUAUUCCUGAGCUCUUCACGUUUUGACUUUAAAAAAACUGAGUUUGAAAUAAUUCCAAAUGCUGACUGAAACUGGUCACAUUUUUUUUUUUUGUUGUUUUCCAACAACGUCAUUUCAACUCUCUGCACAUAUUUUGGAGAGAAAAUGUGUUCUGCUGAUUUUUGCUUUUGUUUAAAAGUAAAUAGUUCCAAGUCAGUGUUACUUGUCAAACUGCAAUAACAAGGACAGACAGACAUGAAACCCCAGUGAGUUGUUGAUGUUAUCCAUCAGAAAUGGAUGUCUACAGUUUACAGCGAACACUGGCAGUGACUGCUGUGUUCUCGGCUGUUUGUGUUUGAUAAGACAUUAUGUGCCUUAAACAUUUAUUCAUUCCUAAAAAUAUGUAGCUGUUUCCAUAACUUUGUCAUCAAAGGGGCAUUGCUUUACAAGAAGUAAUUUAAGAAGUAACAUGAUCUAAAACUACCAAACUACACGUUUAAUAGACAAGAUAAUAGCGUGUCUGUAUUACACAUGAAAAUAAGGAAUGCCAUGAUUCAGCAGAUUUUGUUUUGUUUUGUGAGUAUUGUUUUGUUUUCUUCUACAUUUUGUUUGUGCAUGUGUUAUUUUGUGCUGACAGCAUCAUGGCCCCCUUCAGUUGGCACAGAUUAUUGGAAUAGGCAUGCUAUGGACCUUUCACAGAUUGUUCUUCCAACUACAACAGAAAUCAACUAUGGAAAUGUAUUUUUAUACUCACACAGGAUAAGGCACUACCUCAGUGCCUCAGAAUGUCCCAAGGAAAGUGACUCCAGCCACUGUUACUUCACAACAACAUUAUGGACUUAGCUGCACAUAUUUCUCUAAUUUACUAAUUUAUGUUUCAGAAUGUUUGUGCCUUGUUUGAAUACAAAGAAUAGAAAUAUCUGAAUACAGUUGGCUGCUAAAAUAUACUUCAUGGUUUGUAACUUUCAUUUAACUGGAAUUUCAGUUGUUUGACAUUUUCAGGCUGCAGGUGUAUCUCAGGAGAUGGGAGACAAUAUGAUCUGUCUGUUAUGCUGCAAAGUUCAAUUUUAUAUCACAGCAGUCUCGAUGAAGACGAGACAGUUUUA